CUACGUCAUAAAGCAUUAGAUUAGGGCGACGAAUUAGAAAAUACUUUGACACUUUCUACAAUUUUUUAAUUAUUAUUCUAUUUUUCACUUUGUUGCUAUUACUUACACAAAAAUUUGUGUUUGUUUUAAGUUUUAAGCUUUUGUUGGUAUAAAACUUAAAGCAGGAUGUACCCCGUUGGUCAAGCUCCAGCGGGGGACACGAAUGCUGGUGCGGUGAGUGUAGCGGGGGCAGUGACCGCGGCUGCGAGCACGACUGGUGCUGCGCCCGGAGUCCCCAGCACUGCCCCCGCCACCGGAGCGACCGCUCCUGGUGCUGCUGGGGGUGCUGGCGCCAUGAGCCUCGUGUCACCCGCAGCACCUCUGGCAGAUUUACCAACUCUCACAUGCCCGCGCCGCCCCAAUCUCGGCCAUGAAGGAAGACCUAUCAUGCUGCGAGCAAACCAUUUUCAGAUAUCAAUGCCUAGAGGAUUUGUUCAUCAUUAUGAUGUAAACAUACAGCCAGAUAAAUGUCCCAGAAAGGUGAAUAGAGAAAUUGUUGAAACUAUGGUUCACUGUUACAACAAAAUAUUUGGAGCAUUAAAACCAGUAUUUGAUGGCAGGAAUAAUUUAUAUACAAGAGAUCCUUUACCAAUUGGCAAUGACAAAGUUGAAUUGGAGGUUAUAUUACCUGGUGAGGGUAAGGACAGAGUGUUCCGUGUCAGCAUCAAAUGGGUUGCACAGGUGUCAUUGUUUGCUUUAGAAGAGGCUCUUGAAGGUAGAACCAGGCAGAUACCAUAUGAUGCCAUCUUAGCAUUAGAUGUGGUGAUGAGGCAUCUUCCAUCCAUGAUGUACACUCCUGUGGGACGUUCAUUUUUCUCUUCACCUGAGGGGUACUACCACCCUCUUGGUGGUGGUAGGGAGGUAUGGUUUGGUUUCCACCAAUCUGUAAGACCCAGCCAAUGGAAAAUGAUGCUUAAUAUUGAUGUUUCUGCAACUGCCUUUUAUAAGGCACAGCCAGUCAUAGAGUUUAUGUGUGAAGUCCUUGACAUACGAGAUAUUAAUGAUCAAAGAAAGCCACUGACGGACUCUCAGAGAGUUAAAUUUACAAAAGAAAUUAAAGGACUUAAGAUUGAAAUUACUCACUGUGGCACCAUGAAGAGGAAAUAUAGAGUAUGUAAUGUGACCCGACGUCCCUCACAGAUGCAAUCAUUUCCUCUUCAGUUAGACAAUGGACAAACAGUAGAAUGUACUGUAGCAAAAUAUUUCUUGGACAAGUAUAAGAUGAAGUUGAGGUACCCUCAUCUGCCCUGUCUACAAGUAGGUCAAGAGCAUAAACAUACAUACUUGCCACUGGAGGUCUGCAAUAUAGUGCCUGGACAGAGAUGUAUUAAAAAGCUAACUGAUAUGCAAACAUCUACUAUGAUUAAAGCUACAGCACGAUCUGCUCCCGACAGGGAACGAGAAAUCAAUAAUCUGGUGCGACGAGCGAAUUUCAACACUGACUUGUAUGUGAAGGAAUUUGGUUUAACGAUCUCAAACAAUAUGAUGGAGGUUCGCGGCCGAGUAUUGCCACCACCCAAGCUACAAUACGGUGGCCGCGUUUCCUCGCUAGGCGGGCAGCAAGCUUUACCAAAUCAAGGAGUGUGGGACAUGAGAGGCAAGCAGUUCUUUAUGGGCGUUGAGAUACGAGUGUGGGCCAUUGCUUGCUUUGCUCCACAGAGAACUGUUAGAGAAGAUGCUUUGAAGAAUUUCACACAGCAGCUACAAAAGAUAUCAAAUGAUGCCGGGAUGCCGAUCAUCGGGCAGCCGUGCUUCUGCAAGUAUGCGACGGGGCCUGACCAAGUGGAACCCAUGUUCAAGUACCUCAAGAGCACAUUCGUACAGUUGCAGCUUGUUGUUGUUGUAUUGCCAGGGAAGACUCCAGUCUAUGCUGAAGUGAAGCGUGUUGGUGACACCGUAUUAGGGAUGGCGACACAAUGUGUUCAAGCGAAGAACGUGAACAAAACUUCGCCACAGACCCUAAGCAAUUUGUGUUUGAAGAUAAACGUAAAACUUGGCGGCAUUAACUCUAUCCUGGUUCCAUCACUUCGUCCUAAGGUAUUCAACGAGCCGGUGAUAUUCCUGGGAGUGGACGUGACGCACCCGCCGGCGGGCGACAACAAGAAGCCGUCCAUCGCGGCCGUGGUGGGCUCCAUGGACGCGCACCCCUCGCGCUACGCCGCCACCGUGCGCGUGCAACAACACAGGCAAGAGAUAGUGCACGAAAUGAGCAGCAUGGUGCAGGAGCUACUCAUCAUGUUCUACAAGAGUACCGGCGGGUUUAAGCCGCAUCGUAUCAUCAUGUACCGGGACGGCAUCUCCGAGGGACAGUUCCUGCAUGUCUUGCAACAUGAACUCACAGCUGUGCGAGAAGCUUGUAUCAAGUUGGAGGCGGAGUACAAGCCGGGAAUCACGUUUAUUGUGGUGCAAAAGCGGCACCAUACGAGACUGUUUUGCGCUGACAAAAAGGAGCAGUCGGGUAAAUCUGGAAAUAUCCCCGCAGGCACUACUGUCGACCUCGGCAUCACGCAUCCGACCGAGUUCGAUUUCUAUCUAUGCAGUCAUCAAGGAAUCCAAGGCACGUCCCGUCCGUCGCACUACCACGUGCUGUGGGACGACAACCACUUCGGGUCGGACGAGCUGCAGUGCCUGACGUACCAGCUGUGCCACACGUACGUGCGCUGCACGCGCUCCGUGUCCAUCCCCGCGCCCGCGUACUACGCGCACCUCGUGGCGUUCCGCGCGCGCUACCACCUGGUGGAGAAGGAGCACGACUCGGGCGAGGGCAGCCACCAGUCCGCCUGCAGCGAGGACCGCACGCCCAUAGCCAUGGCGCGCGCCAUCACGGUGCACGCCGUCACCAAGAAGGUCAUGUACUUCGCUUAACCGCACGCCGCGCCCGGCCUCCGCCGGUAACGUUUGCUUCGCUCCGACGACCUUGUAACGGCGAUGCAGGUAAUCUUAGUUGAGCGUGCAAAACUGUUGGGGCUUCUCUAUACUUUAAAAUAUUAUCUCCACGCGAAGAUCUCGUACGUUAUUAACUCGUUCGAUUGUCACUCCCUUCUCCGGUUCGAGCAGCAAUUUCCCGAAGUGGGGAGUGACACCGUGAGGUCUUCACGUUUUGAGAUAGAACUCCGCCUAUUUUCUGGUUUGUUCUUGUAUAUAACGGCAACCGUUUCUAUCAAGUUCUGAAUGGCCCCAUUCGCGUUUCAUAUAGUCUAAUUUUAUAAAUGUUGUUUAGCUUUUACGAAGAUAGCUAUCCCAAUAUGAAAGACGUUUCAAUUCUAUGAAGUUUGAUGGAACAAUCGAAAUAAAUCGUUGACAAUUCUUUGAUGUAUAAGUAUAAUAAUAAUCGGAGGAGAGCAAUAAAUAUUACCUCAUGCGUGUAAUGCAUAGUGUUUCCUAUUUGGCCAUCCAUUGACUGGGCUAUUAACUAUCUUCUAUGAAGCAUUUGUAGAAUUCAACUUAAGCUUUUUAAACAAAAUAAAGAAGUGCGAUUAAUUUAAUUAGUGGAUGUGUUAUCGUCAUUUCAAAGUAAAUAAAUUGUUAGUGACAGUGAAAGACAGACAUGCAAAUAAAUAUAUUUUAUGAAAUAUAUAAAUAGGUAUCUACAGUAAAACUUUACAUAAAAGGGUCUCCGUAAACAUAGCUGGUUAAUUUCAAACAUAGUUUAAUAAUAAUGUGAACAUUUUACAAAGCUAUACAGAAACAUUGAAAUCUAACAAAACAUGAGCACUUGAUAGAGGAUUAUUUGUUUUGCUGAGUUUUUGAUAGUGAAUUUAAGCAAAUUCAUAUUUUGUGAAAUCUAAAAACAAACAAGUAUCCACUGUUUUUCAUUAAUCUAUAGUCUUAUAUAUGAUGCUACAAUCAGUGAGUAAUAUUAAGCUGUAAUGCCAAAUAGUCCUCAUUAGGUGUACUAAGCAUAUAAUAAUAUUUAUUUUUCAAUGAUUUAAAUUAUCCUUCAUUUGAUUAUAUUAUGAGCAGUCUAUAAGUACCUUUUUAUUUUAUUCAAUGAACUUCACAGAACCACAUAAAAUAUGCUAUGUAUAUAGUACACAUUUUAUAAACAUGCAACCAAUCUUAAUAUCAGUGUAAAGAAUGAUAUUUUUAUUUUAUAUUUUUAAGUUUAUUUUUUAAAGUAAGAAUUCUUUUAUAAUGUAUUUUUAGCUUUAAGUUGAAUCAACUAAAAGUUGGGAAGAACGUACGUCCUGACUUUAGGGAGUUGGUGACAAAUGUUUUUUUCUGUAAUUAGUGUGAAAGUUAAUAAACUUUUUUAUUAUAAAUUAUGCUUUUUGGUGUUUUAAUUGGUCAUAUGACAGUGUUAUAUUAUUUCAAUAUACGCAUAAUUGCAUGCAAUUAGUAUAGUUCGUAAUUUUCAUGGAUAAUUGGAUUGUUAUUUACUUAUUUGUACGAAAUCGUAAUAUGUGCAAAUCAAAUCGCACUUAAUGCCAUAUUCUAUACAAUGAAUUCUUGUUCUCUAGUACUGUAAUAUAAUACUACUUCAAAUUCAUUUCAUAUUGUAUAGCGAUUUCAAAUUGCCUUUUCGUGUAAAUAAGUGGCGUUCAAAUAAAUAAUCGCCCGGUUAUCUUGUAAGUGGACAAGCUGCUAAAAAUAUCGGAAAUAAAUGUAUUUAAUAUUUUCAAUGAUGUUGUGAUGCAAGGUGUGAUACAUUAAUACGGAUAUGUUCAGGAUCGUUGUACUAACAAUACUAUCAAAAUAAAAUCGAAAAUAAUGAUCAUGUAAGUGAUGCAAGUAGGUAACUUGCGUGACUUAUUAAUAUACAAUUGUGUUCUUAUUGUGACGGCGUUUCCCUUAAUUAUUCUACCCGUCGACGUCAUAUCAUAUACGAUAAGCUAUUACCUAUUUUAGUUGAUAAAGAUUAGUUUUCGCUGUUUAACUAUUUAUGAUUCAUAAUUUUCAGAAUUCAGCAAUCAGUCGCUUACAGUAUAAUUGAAAUUAAACUUUAUCGUUUAUUGAAGAACUAGAUAUUUUUGUUAAUCACGCUGCCCCUUUUUACGUGGCGUUAAGAAUGCUCUCAUUUCAAGUUUCAAGACUAAUACAAGGUGAAAAUAAAAUGACGAACAUUCGAUACCAGCUACACAAUCAAAUAUAUAACUGGGGUAGUGACAGUGUCAACAAUAAUCGAGUUCAGUUUUUAAUUUGUUUUAGUAAGCUUACAAAGAUUUUACUUCUAGCGACCAAGUAAUCAGUGUUAUUAUAUAUCACUUUGCUUUUAGUUUAUUACGUAUUAUGUAACAAAUAAGGGACAUCGACUGUUUACUAAAUUCAAACCCGGUUUCCGAUUAGCCGAUCAAUGUUAAAAUCAAUUUAAUCUCUUGUCAAGUCAUCUGAUUGGUUGACUGAAUUAUCAACAACCAAUCAGAAGACUUGACAAGAGAUUUAACAGGAGAUUAGUUAAUUUUAGCGUUGACAAGCCUUUCAGAAACCGGGUGUCAGUCGAUGCACCUUGUUUGAAAUAGAUAAUUUUCUCAUUUACCCUCUUUUAUUAUUAUCAAUAUGUAUUUGACAUUUUAGCUAAAUGUUUGUGGAUUUUUUUUAAAUAGGUUUGCAACUCAGGUACUUUUUCUAAAGAUCCAUAAUUCUUUGAUUACAAUGAUGCGUUUAAUAUAGCGCAGCUUUCAUUUUAUCUUGAAUACUUGGUAUACAAGUGGUAUUGUAUAUAAGUGGUAAGGUAGCAAAAUGUCUAACCACGCGAUCCGCAAGCUAGUGUCGCCGUCGUAUAUUGUAUCAGAGCUCCGCCUUACACAUCUUCGCAAUCUUUCUACAUUCGUUUGGUGGCACUUUUUCAUCUUUUACAUUCGUCCUUCUAUUUUUGUUGGGAACAUUACGAAGAUGUAUUGAAAAUUAUGAUAUCUGUAUUUUUUUAUAAGGUUAGUUAUAAUUUCCCAUUAAUUUUUUCAUUAAAAUAUUUUUCGUAUUUCAUUAUUUUGGUAGUUAUAAGGAGUUGAUUGGUAGAUUGAUGGAAUUUCUUGAAACUGUAAGUUAAAUCCAGAUUUAUAUCAGCUUUAGUCGUCCAAGUAGAAGCCGUGCACAAAUCAAUUGUCUUAAUUUUAUUUCUUUCUUAGUACAUCUUUUCAGUACUAUAACAAUGUGUUCAAUAUCGCUUUUCUACUCAUUAUUUAAACUAGUCGGUUAAUAUUUUAUUUAAGUGGACAUAAAAGUGGUGAGAAUGCCAAAGGCCUUUUUGAGACUUUGUGGAAGGAUUAUAAUAGAUAACUUUCAAAGUUAAAUACAUUCUCUCCAAAGACUAGCCCAACAAAUCUGUGUGACGGCAUGGGGUCAGAGCUUUGAAUAAAUAAUAGUAUUAUGCACACCGU